AUGCACCUGACGUUUAAGGUAUGCUUAAAAACGUAUGACAAUAUGUACAACAUUCAGGACAAUAUAAUCAACCCCAUAACCUUUAACUUUCUGAUAAAUGAGAAGUUUAAAUAUUUUCCUAUUUUGCAUGUCCACUUUUACACCACAAGCAUCAACCUGAACAUCACCACUUCGUUCCUCUACCUGUACAAGUAUUUGUAUGCAAAUUUAAAUUUUAAGAAAGACUUUAAUGACGUGAAGAACUCCAACAUUGAGAUUUACAAUGACCUCCACUCGGAGAUUAUCAUUUUUUACAAAACGAGGACGAAGAAUAACAACUACACGUGGAAGCUGAACAUUAUAGACAAGAACGAAUACCACCAGUUUCCGUGCGAGUGUCUCUAUUUUUGCAUUAACAAGAAAAAGGAGAAAAAGAAAAUGAACUCUGAAAUUUACGAUACGAAUAGGAACUCCGAAGAUUUCAUGAUCACCAAUGAGCAUGAUCUAAAUAGCAUUUUCAGGGACAUUUGCAAAAUUGGUUUUAAAAAAAGGAACCUACACAACUCAGUGGCCAAGCAUGAGAAGCACCUCCUCUAUGACAACACACAGAGCGUGUAUGACAUCCUGCAUCAGUUCACCUACCGGAUGCCCUUCCUAUACAAGAACCACGACAAUGACAACAAAAUUAUCAAUAUAAUAAAGAAGAAGCCCUCCUGGAUUUAUAUAGGCGUGCUAUACACGGACGAUUUGUACUCUCGCGCGUAUAAGGUUCCAAAUGUCAAACAUAAUUUGCUAGUCGAGCCGGAAAUCAUAAGAAACAAGUGGUGCCUCUCCAUUGGUACGUGCAUACAAAUAGAGAACAACUCGGGGCUGUAUUUCAGAAUAUACAAAGAAGGUAAGACGAAAUAUUUUUCGCGUGUAAAUUUCAAGUGGAAGCUAGGGAAAAACAGAAAAUCGAGCGGGAACUACUCCGAGUGGGAAACCUUGGAUGGAGGAACAAAAAAUGAAAAACAUAAAAAGAAGACCAAAGGGAAGUUAAAAAAUUACCACCACCAGCACGACCAGCAUGACCACCACAUUCACCAUCAUCGUAAUAAUAAACAUUUCACAGCACAUGUAGAAAAAAACAAGAAAAAGGAAAGAUCGAAAAAUGGAGACUACAUAAACAUACUACCCUUCAGCAAGAGAGCCAUUCCGCUGUUCUGGUUGUACGAUUGUAGUUUGCCAUACAUUAAAAUACUCAGAAAGAAGGAAAAAAAAUAUAACAUGAAAAAUUUAAGAAAAAGCAAUAAAGAAGAAGAGGAGAACUUAGACAUCGAAGCUGUUCCAUUUCAUAUCCUUUACAAACUACUAAAUAAAUAUGCCCUUAAUAACAAUAAUAUUUACCAGAAGAAGUUAGACAUAUCCCCAUGUGAGAUAAUUUUUCAAGGCUUGCUAAUGUUUCACUGCUUUGUAAAAGUUAAGGAUGUGCCAACUCAGCAUAUUAAAGACACUUCUUACAAUUACACCGUUGUGAUAGAACCCAUGGUUACGAUAAAGAACAACCUUCCAAACCCUAUCACGGUCAUUGUUAGAAUGAAGAAGAAAAAAAGAUUUUUCAGCAUUAGUAAAAAUAAGCAGGAAAAUGAAGUGGAGGAAAAAAUGCUCCACAAAAGUAACUACGAAAUGAAUGAUGAUAUUACUAAAAUUUUGAAGAAGCAAGAAAUGUUCGCUUUGGUGCCUCCCCAUCAUUAUUGGUGCUUGCCCAUUUGCACACAGGCGUUUUACAUGAAGGUCUUUUACCAUGGUUUGCAAAUAGAGAAGAUGAAUUUCAUAUACGACUACGCGAAUGAAAUUAAGGGCUACUACGAUUUUAAGGAUGUGAAGCUGCCCGAGUGGAACGAAGCAUUCUACGGGGGUAAUAUUAACAGUGCAAUGAAGAAGGGCGACCAGGGAAGCAGCGCGGCAGAAAACAGCGGCGUGAAUGUUACCAACCACCGUGCAAAUGAUGACCGAACGGGCGAUAACGACAAGAACCUGCACAGCAACCACAACAGCAGCAAUGGGGGAAGUGUGUGCAACAUCAAGGAGGAGCACGCCAAAAACGUGAACUACUGGCAAUACAGAAGUAGAGGGGCGUCCAACGUGGUGAGAGACAGUCGACUGUUCUACGAAGAAAUGAUGAAGGAAUUUCAAAACAAGGAAAGGAAUGGAGAAAUCACCAGUUGUAAUAGCCCCAACCGUCAAAGAAAAAAAACCAUCUAUGAUAAUUUGUUCAGAAAUAGCACAAACAAUAUAGGCAGUUUUGAUGAAAACGAGGAAAAUAACUAUCAAAGUAGGAAUAAUUUCAUGUACAAUUUUUUAUACGCAACGGAAGGGUUUUUUCACAUUUAUAUGCCAAGCACUGAUACGAUUACGUCGACAAAAGUGCUGAAUCACAAGUUCGGUCUAAUUGGAAAUAUCUUUUCCUAUGAAGAAUUGAAGUAUAUUUAUUUCGAAAAUAAAAUAAGUCAAAUAAAUAAAAAGGUUUAUGAUAAUCUGCACAUUUUUAAAAACAUCACUGUUUCUGCUGAUGUGUCUAGGAGAAAAAUAGACUUUUAUUUUCCCUUCUUUUUUGAAAACACAACAAAUGUGUGUAUCUACGUGAAUAAUAAGUUGUUGCCGCCAAAUAGCCGUUUAUACAUGACGGAAGAGGAAGCAAAAGGUGUAAGGAUUAAAUCUUACAAGCAUGAUCAUGCCAACAAUGUAAUUCUGUGCAGUAACGUCAGCGGGAAGAUUGACUGCACCAGGACUAACAUGAUACGACCUCUCAUAAAUUUGAUUUAUAGAAAAAUCAACAGAAAGCAGAAGGUACGAUUUUGGGAAAAAUAUGAAGAAAGGAAAAAAAAAUACAGCAACAUGAUGAAUACGCCUGCCUUGGAGGAGGAGGAAGAACACACUUCCGGGGAUGACGCAGAUAUGCUAAAACGAACGAGCAUAUUCAAAUUAAAGGUUGUGAAAGACGUCGAUGAUGGGGGGAAGGACAAAGAUGAUAAUUUAAUUAAUGACUAUGAUGGCGAGGUGGACAAACAGGGAACGGAUGGAAAGAAAAAUACGAACGGCACGAACUAUCGGAACGAUGUCACAGAGGUGGUUUGCGCGAAAUCUCUCACAAAUGAGACAAACAAGGAAGAGAAACAAAACGAACUGGGUGAGCACACCCCAGGGAAACCCUCAGAAAAGACAGAAGAAAUAAACUCCUCGGAAAACUUAAGUGACACGCAUUACCUCCCCCACAACAAGAAUGAUUUAUACUAUUGUAACUCCAAGUUCUCUGAAAUGUCAGCACACCAAAAUGAGGAAAAUGGCAAAAGCACCAAAAAGUCCCCAACACACAAGUCGUAUAAAAAUGCAUUCAAAAAUAUCCUCAUGAGUAAUAAAACACUCUUCAAGAGAAGAAGAAAAAUGAGUGAGAAAUCUUCAGAAUCCAUUGGAAAUUUUAAAAAAAUUAAAAGAUUUAGAUUAUUUCAUAAGCAUAAAAAAGGAGGCAAAAUAAAUGCAGAGAGAGAUGAGGAAGAAUAUUCUGAUAACAUAGAUGAAAGGGGAGAACCCUAUGACAACGACGGAAAUGAAGACUCCGUCGAUAGCAGUUACUACGAUGGACAUGAGAAUGAUAGCAAGUUAAGAAAAAAAAGUAAGAAGAGGAAAAAUAUGAAGAGGACGAAUUUUAGCUACUCCAGGAGGGGAAAAGGACACAAAAAAUUUUUCAGCAAAAAUUUGUACUCACUUGAUAAGUUGGGACAUAAGUAUUUUAGCAAAGAGAAGAAAAAGAAGAAGAAGGAUUUGUCAUCCCAGGGGGGAAGAGACAUACAUGAUUCCUUCUCCUCGGAAAAUGAAAAACCAACAGGAGCUUUCCCUGCCUCGCAGGUAAGUUUUAGCAUUUUCCAGCUGUUCAAGGAGAAGGAAGAAACAGGGAAAUGCUCCGAAUUUGAUGAAGACAUUUCCGAUGAUAACGUGAAUGAGCAGAUCGAAAUGGAAAAGGAGGAAGAAGCAGAUGAGGUGGAAGCGGAGGAGGAAGAAGAAGAAGACGAGAAGGAGGGCGACGAAGAGGAUGAGGAUGACGCGUUCCAUGCGAGCAAGAAAAGGAAGAACAAGCGUGACAUUUUGAAGUUCCGUCUGAUGAAGAAGGGAAAAAAGAGGAAAAAAGAAGGCGAACAUGAAAACGAGCUCGAAAAUGAAAGCGAAAAGAACAAUUCAAAAUUUAGGAAAGGCAAAAAAAAAACGUACAAGAAAAAGCGGUUCAAAAUGGCCCCUUUCUUCAGCUCCGUCGACAGGAGACACAAGGGAAAAGUGCCUAUUGGAUCGGCCAACCAUGCGAAGUAUGAAAAGUUAUCCUCGGGAAAGUACAAUUUGGAAGGCAGUUCCUCAGAGAGUGGCAAUUACAACAAUGUCACAAGCAAGGAGAAACCUUUUGAGCGAGGACAAAAAGGAGGUGCCUCCCGUACAAGGGUAUCCUUCCGGGAGAGGAACCUACAAUCUAGGCGGAACGGAAACGAUGUUCAGGUAGAAGUUGUAGGCGAAGCUGGUGAUGAAGCGGCCGAUGAAGCGGCCGACGAAGCGGUUGACGAGGGCGUUAUCCAUGUGAACCACGAACUUGGUGUGAAAGGAAGAAAGUCACUAAGGGAUAUCUCCAGACAUAUGAGAGAAAGCAGAAAGUCGAAAAUGAAGAAAAAGGAUUAUUACGAAGCAGGGUUCCUGUCCUUAGGAAUCUGCGUCAGAUAUGCCGAGGAGCCAUUUAAUAAAUCUAAAAUUGUUACCUUUGUCAAUAGCUACAUAUUCAUAAAUAGGCUUCCAUUCGACGUGAAAAUAGCUACCGAUUCGGUUAGAAAGUCAGACAGUAUUUUUACAAUCCAUAAUGCAACACUUCACUCAGAUUUUAACAACCCGUAUAAGGAAAUGCUCCCAUUAGAUGCCCUCACGAUUAGGAAAAGUGCGAAUAACAUUAAAUCGUUGGGAGACACUAUGAUGGAAAAAGAUGUGUGUGCAAUUAACGUGGGUGAUGGGUCCAGGGUGAGGGAAAAUUUCAAACUGGAUAUAUGUAAAGACCAAGUGGCAGACAUAGACGCCUUCCGAAUUGGGGAUACCAAAAUGGAGAGAAAUACGGCAAGCGGGGGUGCUAAAAAAACGUCCACCAUAAACAAUAACAGCUUUAACGAACAUGGAGGGCAUAUAGAAGGUAACAGUAACCUGGUUGUGAAUAGAAGCUCUACAAAUUAUGACCACAGCGAAGCACCAACUGGGGAGGCAAACCAGACAGAACAACCAUAUACUGCCAUUAGUAAGAACGCAAAUGAUGAAAAAAUUGGAGAGAAUAAUGAGACGUACAUAAGAAGCGGAGAAAUCACAGCUUUCCACUAUAAUAGGAGUUACAUAAAGAUAAAGGACAGCAGUGAGGGGUACAGCUCACAACCGUUCUCCCUAAUCCCGAAGAAUGUCCCAUCCAAUUUUCAGAUCGAAUUAUUCAACAUGAAUAAAUCACAGAUUAAUAACACAAACAAUUUGCUGGUGGAGGUAAAUGUGUGCAGUGGCAUUUUUGGAGACAAGCAACAAUUGCCCUACACAUACAAUGGGUACUUUUACAUUCUCAGUUUGCCUGUUAGACCCCAAUUUGAAAUAAUUAACGCCACGAAAUUUAUCAUAGCAUACGCAACGGAUGUAAAUAAAUAUACUAAGAAAUAUAUGAACAAUAACUACGAUACAUAUUUGAGGAGAAGCACAAAAAAUGGAGACUUUCCGGUGAAGAUGAUUUAUCCGUACAGCUCCAUUUACUACACGCUUAGGAACAAUAACGAAAUUGAGUCUUCUAAAAUUGCCCUGAAAAUUGUGGGCGUCCAGAAAAGCUCCUGGUGUAUUAAUACUAUAAACUCCUUCAUUGACAAUGUGGUCAUGUUACCUUAUAGAAUCUACGGGGAGAAUAAACUCUCAUCGGAGAAGAAAUUCAAGGGUAGGAGAAAUAGCCACAAAAAGGAUGAUGCAUACUUUAUAACAAAUAGAAGAAAUUCACAAAAAACGCACCUGCAAGGUAACCGGGGGAAUGUCGUUUUGGGGGAAUUCCACUCGAACGGUGGCUGUGCAGAGGUAGACAAUGAAAAGCACAUUCUUAACGGGGACGGAGAAAAGGAAGAUAAUGUAAGAAGAGAGAAAAUCGAAAAGGAUAACAUCUUCCUAGGACAUAACUUGGUCAAUAAGAAGUUAUACUCCUUUUUAAUUAUAAGGGAUAAUGGAAGCAGAGCUAUUGUCAUCACGGAAAAGUAUAACUUAGCAAGGGAAAUUGUGACAACCAAAAAUUUCAGUAAAAUUCAUAGGCUAAUCGCUAUAAGUAGCAGGAAAAAAAUACUACUAUCGAAUAAAAACGCCAACAGGAAGUACAUGUUGGAUUAUAAAAAAAUGAAUUUUGUAUAUUUCAAUUUUCCAAUCGUUCCAGUGAUAUAUAACUUUAACAUCCCCAGAUUGACGGUCACGUGGAUUCACAGACAGGAUGUGAUAAUAGCCAUUCAUCUGUCCAAUUUGAAAUACAGUGGGCAUAUAUACCCCAAGGAAAUUAUAAACUACGACAUAAAUCACAUGUUCACGCCUAUUAACAUAUUAAAGAGGAAAGAAGUGGAAGAAUACGUGCAGUACGUUUUUCUGAACAGUUAUGUAGACUCGAUUUUUCUGAUCGAGCAGAUUCAUAUAGACCACUUCGUAAAGGGGGACAUCCCCGUUAUUCUGAAAAACACCAACAUUGAGGAGAAUGAAGACAUAUUUUUGUAUAUUCACGUGAAGCAGUACUGUGUGGAUUCCUUUAAGCAGGCCCCCAUAUAUCAAAGCAUAAUGAUUAAAAUAUCUCCAAUAAAUGCGAACAUCGAAUUGUUGGUUAUUGAACAGUUGAUUGAAAUUAUAGAGAAGGAAAAGCAGCUAUUAUUGCUGUACGAAAGGGAGGAGAAAUCAUUACCACCGCUCAUUGCCACGUCGGAGACAGCGAGGAAUGCCAUUAAUACGACGCUUAAAAUAUUUUCCGAUGCGAACUUUCUAAAAAUGAUAUACUUGGAUGAUUAUAUCAGGAGAAAAACGGAGAACGACUUCAUCCUGAAGAACAACCAAAUUGUGAACAAUAACAUCAUCCUUAAUUCUACAAAUAGAGACGAAAAUAAAUACAAGACUGUGCGUAACUAUGAGCGCAAACAUGUGAAGGAAAGCGAAGCGGAAAUUAAACCAAAUGCCUAUUCCUACUAUUUUAGCUCCCCCCAAGUUAGAAUGAUAACACAAAAUAGAAUAAUCAACAUUAACAAUAUCAGUGAGAAAAUCUGUUCGGAGGAUUCUACGAACAGCUCCAUAUCAACAAAUCCCUGUAGCAAGAAUAAAAACGGCAGAAAUGUACAUAAGAAAAUAUGCAAAAUAUUAGUAGGCUAUUAUAAGUACAAGAAGGUGCACAACCUGAUCAAUAACACCUACUACGAUAUUAGCAACAUGAAUGAUGAGCGUGUGUUGCCAAUAAAGAUCCAGUACUUUAGAAACCAGAAAAUUUUUAUGAAUGCAUUUUCUUCUCACCUAUUUUUACACCCAAAUCCGAGAUGGAUGGACAAUAAGAGCAAACCUGUAUAUAUCAGGGAGUUUAAAAUUAACCCAAUUGAAAUUAUAGCCUCUAUAAGGACAUCUGAACAUAGGAUAUCAAGGAGAAUACUACACAUUGUGGAUGCACUACCUGUUGAUACGCCCUCCAUGAGAAUACAUUUGAUUUCGCAAAAAAGGAAUUAUAUCGUAUGUACGUGGGAUGGCUUAUUCCAAUCUUUAAGGGUUUCUUACUUUAGACAACUGUUAAGACAGUCCCUACCCAGCGCAUGGCUAUCCAACCCCUUUGCCUUUAUCAAAGGGUUCAUAAAAGGAAUCACUGCCCUGUUUAAGGAAACAGUUAGGGGAGUUAAAACGAGUUCAAACUUCUUCGAUGGAUUCAUGUCCGGAUUUAAGUGCGGAAUUAUCAUACUUGUUGUGAACACCGUUGGAGGGUUAUUCCAAUCUUUAAGUCAUAUGUUAAAUGUGUGUCAUAAAUUAAUGGGAGGCUCAAGGCCAAGACCACCAAGUAUCUUAGAUUCUAUAAUUCUUGGCUUAGAUGGAUUGCUUCUAGAUACAUUUUACAGACCCUGGGUUUCGUUAUUCAAUGACCCGAAGAUAUCUCUGAACAAAGGAAACAGCACUCUAAAAACCGUAUGCAUCAUAAUUGGCUGUAUCCUCAGGUGCAUAUUUGCUCCAAUUUUUGGCCUGCUGAACCUUUUUGCCUCCAUUACGGAAGGAUUUGCCAAUACCCUCAUCGGCGACUUUGAGCGAUUCUCCAGGGUUCAGGAGCGCUCGGAGUUUGAAACGGAGAAGGUGCACAACGCGGUUGCCACCAUGAGACGGGGCAAAAGCAUUAUGAAGAAGACAGCCAGACAUGACAAGGGCGCGUAA